AUGACAGCAGUGGCCAAGGACACGGAGCUGGUGGCCCCGGACAGCUGUGCCAUCAUGGAGGGGGAGGACGCCGAGGACGAGCUGCUCUUCACCACCAGAAAGUCCCUUUUCAGCAAAAUCAAGUCCCUGACAUCCAGGAGGACAUCGGAGUACAUCUACCCCGACAGCAGCGUUGUCUUCGAGUUCUUUGUGCAGAACGACCAGUGCCAGUCCAGGGUGGAGGAGUCGCGCUGGAUGCGGACGACGGAGAAGGGCUGGGAGUUUCACAGCUGCAACCCCGGCUAUGCCACCCGCAACGGCAGCGCCUGCCUGCCCUGCCCCCUCGGCUCCUACUCCAAGGGCUCCGGCUGCCUCAGCUGCCCGGAAGGCACCGAGCCGGUGCUGGGGCUGGAGUACAAGUGGUGGAACGUGCUGCCCCCCCACAUGGAGACCACCGUCCUCAGUGGCAUCAACUUGGAGUACAAGGGGAUGGCAGGCUGGGAAGUGGCCGGGGACUACAUCUACACGGCAGCAGGAGCCUCUGACAACGACUUCAUGAUCCUCACGCUGGUGGUCCCCGGCUUCAGCCCCCCGAGCCCAGUGCCAGAGGACACAGAGAGCAAGGAGGUGGCCAGGAUCACCUUCAUCUUCGAGACCAUCUGCAGCGUCAGCUGUGAGCUCUACUUCAUGGUGGGUGUCAAAUCCCGCACCAACACCCCUGUGGAGACGUGGACAGGUCCCCAGGGGAAGCAGUCCUACACCUACGUGGUGCAGAAAAACGCCACCACCAGCUUCACGUGGGCCUUCCAGCGCACGCCCUACCGCGAGGAGGGCCGGCGUUACACCAACGACAUGGCCAAGCUGUACUCGGUGAAUGUCACCAACGUGCUGGGGGGGGGGGCCUCCUUCUGCCGGCGCUGCGUCCCCGAGCCGGCCGGGGCCACUUGUUCCAACAACGCCAGCCUGGCCCUGGCCCUGCGGGGCCACCUCCUGUCCUACGAGUUCCCGGCGCUGGGCUCGGGCCGGGCCGUGGCCACCGCGGGCGGGUUCAGCUCCAAGGGCCGCCCCUACCGCCACCUGUACAGCCUGCGGCUCUGCGGCCACCAGGGCAGGAAGAUGGCCACGUGCCGUGACAACGUGACGGGGCAGGACAGGGACACUGCCCGCCUGGUGACAUCCUACGUCUGCCAGGCCAUCCUGAUCCCUGCUGACGUCAUGGGCUACAGGACGGCCGUGACGUCACAGCCCGUCAGCCUGGCCGACCGGCUGCUGGCUGCGAGUGGGGACCCUUUGGGUGCAACCCUUGGCAAAUGCCCCGAGGGCACCUGUGAUGGCUGCACCUUCCACUUCCUCUGGGUGACGGGCGAGGGGUGUCCCCGCUGCUCUGCCACCCACUACCGCCCCAUCGUCAGCGCCUGUGUGGGUGGCAUCCAG